GUUUUGUGUUUUCGUGUUCCAUCAUUUUCAAAAAAGGAGGGCUGAAAAUGUAAUCAGUCGGGCAACGUGCGAGAGAUAAGCCGAAUUUCAUUUUUUGAAAUGAAAAAUGUAUGGAUAACUUCGUGAAAUUAUAUUCCAAUAGCAUUCUGUUUGGAAAACCAUGAUGGAUAUCGACAAACAAUCAAAAGACAAAAUCCUAUAUAUUUCCUCCUUUGUGGGAGGAGGAGUAGCAGGACUUUUUGUGGAUAUGGUGCUAUAUCCAUUAGACACAAUGAAAACAAGGUUACAAGCUGAACAAGGGUUUAGGAAAGCUGGUGGUUUUAAAGGAAUCUACAAGGGAAUUGGUCCACAAGCUGUAGGAUCUGCACCUCAAGCUGCAUUAUUCUUCCUGACCUAUGAGAGCAUCAAAUACUUCUCAGAACCUUUGGUUCCAAAGUCUUGGAUGCCCGGAGUUUACAUGGUGGGAGCGUCAAUUUCUGAAGUGGCAGCGUGCCUCGUCAGGGUCCCAAUAGAAGUUGUGAAGCAAAGACGCCAGACUCAGAUGGACAAUAAGUCAUCCUUGAAAAUUGCUUUUGAUGCUUAUAAAGAAGACGGGUUCCGAAAGGGCUUAUACAGAGGCUUUGGGUCAACAAUUGUUCGUGAAGUGCCAUUUUCUAGUAUUCAGUUCCCGAUUUUAGAAUAUUUGAAAUCAACAUACAGGACAAAAUUCAAAAACAAUAUUCCGCUAGAAUCAUGGGAGGUGGCAGUAUGUGGAUCCAUAGCAGGUGGCAUUUCGGCAGCAAUCACAACACCUCUGGAUGUAGCCAAAACUAGGAUAAUGCUAGCAGACAAAGCUGUAGUAGAUGUGGAUAACCUGACUGUAUUAAGAAUGCUCAAAUAUAUUUAUACAAGAGAGGGGAUAGUAGGGCUGUUCUCUGGGGUUGUUCCAAGAACAAUAUGGAUAACAUUAGGAGGAUACAUCUUCUUUGGUAGCUACGAUUUUUCAAAGAACAUGUGUGAAACAAUCUGCAGAAGGCAACAUCUCCUGUAAUUGUUGUAGUAUUGUUUUUGUUAAUUGUUAUAUGAAAGGUAUUUAAUAUUAAAAUAUACAAAUACAAG